AUAUGUUUCAACCCUUGACCACACGUUCGAUAUGGACAAGAACUUCACUAUCAAUACGAAAAUUCAAGUUAGAAUCAAAUCUCAACUCUUUGUAUCAUGGUCCAUCAAUUUUGAAUUCACCUCAACUUAACUUCACUCAACUCUCCUCAGCACGAUCCGGGUUUUCCUCUUUAUCUAGAUCAUGGAGGAACGAAAGAACAAUACGUUCAUUCUCCAAUUUCUCUCGACUAAGAUCAGGACAGCCUCAGAGGACCAUCAUUGACCAGUAUCGAGACCGACACCGAACAAACUACAAAGCUAGGAAUCGGAGUCUGAUGCUAUAUACCUUAUCAUUAGGAAUUCUUACUCUAGGACUCUCAUACGCUGCUGUACCGCUCUAUAGGGUCUUUUGCUCAGUCACAGGAUAUAAUGGAACGCCACUUACCAAGCAGGAAGGAAAUGGAAAAUUCUCAGCAGAUCGAAUCUCUAGACCGAUUGGGGAGAAAUCGAUUACUGUCCGAUUCAAUGCUGAUAAGAGUGACACACUGAAUUGGAAGUUUUGGCCUUGUCAAAAGUCUGUCAAAGUUAAGCCAGGGGAAACGGUGUUAGCAUUCUACAAAGCUAAGAACUUAUCGGAUAAGGAUAUCUUGGGCGUUGCCACUUACAAUGUCACACCUGGACAGGUUGCACCUUAUUUCGCUAAAGUUGAAUGCUUUUGUUUUGAUGAACAAAGGCUAAUGGCAGGAGAAGAGGUCGAUUUACCGAUCUUUUUCUUCAUCGAUAAGGAUUUUAUGGAAGACCCUUUGAUGAAUGAUAUAGAUGAUAUUAUUCUGAGCUAUACAUUUUUUAAAGCACGUCGGAAUUCAAUGGGUCAACUAGAGCCGGAUAGCCCUGCCUCGGCGAGUUCAUCAACGUGACACUGCUCAACUUUGAUCUCAUGAAGCAAUUUUUACCUCUGACCUCACCUUGGAAUCUGAUUUUGACUGUAUUGAUGAAAUGCAGAAACACUUUGUUUUAAGUAAAUCUAACCCGAACUCACUGCGGUGCUGUGCGAUAGCAGCCUCUCAAGCUCUCAAUUAUUGUAUAACCUUAUCACCGACGAUAAGAAACCAUAUCGCUGAUGAUAAGUAACCUUAUCACGUAUGAAAACAAGCUCGAUGCCAGACAUG